AUGGCGAUCGACUUGGAGCAGAACACCCGGUCCUCUGGCUCGGUCAAGAUCCACGUCGACGAGACAGAACAUGCGACAGAGAAAAUGGGGGCUGCCGCCGCCCAGACGAGCUCUGAGGCCAACGAAGUCACCUUAAGGUCAUUUAACCACCUCGACGAGAAGAAGAUUUUGCGCAAGAUGGACCUGCAUAUCAUCCCCAUGUUGACGCUUCUCUAUCUCCUAUCUUACUUAGACCGCGGAAGUAUCGGAAAUGCCAAGAUCGAGGGCCUUGCAGAGGACUUGAAUCUGACACCCAACCAGUACAACUGGUGCUUGACCGUCUUCUUUUUUACCUAUUCGGCCUUUGAGGUCCCUAGCAACCUGGUUCUCAAGAAAAUUCGGCCGAGCAGAUGGUUGCCGACUAUUAUGGUUGCCUGGGGCGUGGUCAUGACCCUGACAGGCAUUGUGCAAAACUAUCACGGCCUGAUUAUUUCUCGAAUCUUUCUCGGCGUGGCCGAGGCUGGGCUUUACCCAGGCGUUGCUUUCUACCUUACCAUGUGGUAUUGCCGUCACGAAUUGCAAAUCCGACAGGCUCUCUUCUUUUCUGCUGCGUCCGCCGCAGGGGCAUUUAGUGGCCUGCUCGCCUUCGCCAUUGCCAAGAUGGACGGGGUGGGCGGUCUGGCCGGCUGGCGUUGGAUUUUCAUCCUCGAGGGUAUAGCGACUGUCCUUGUGGCCAUUCUCGCGUUCUGGACCUUAUUCGACUUCCCUGAAACCGCGAGCUUUCUGACCCAGGACGAGAGAGAGUAUGUUAUGUCCCGCCUUCGAUACCAAGGUAGCAUGCGAGAUGCAUUGAGCGAAGAUGUUGGGCCCAGCGUGCAAGAAGCUCAAGAGUUCAAGUGGGCAUAUGUCCGGCAAGCCUUCAAAGCUUUCCAGGCCUGGGCUAUGGUCAUAUGUUACUGGGCGGUCGUAUGCCCUAUUUUCGGUAUCACCUUAUCGCUGCCUACUAUCAUCAAGGAUAUGGGCUACGAACGUUCGACAUCCCAGCUCAUGACGAUCCCCAUCUACGUUGCAGCCUCGUUCGCCUCAAUUGCCGUCGCUUACUUUUCUGAUCGAGCCAAACUUCGAAGUCCAUUUAUCAUCGGGUGUCUAACUUUGACGGUGGUGGGAUUAGCAAUGUGUCUCGGUUCCGCAAGCCGCAGAGUCGUCUACUCAGGCCUGGUCCUGGCUGUUAUCGGCGUGUACGCUGCCACGCCUGGCACCAUUACCUGGCUCGCCAACAACCUUAGUGGUAGCUACAAGCGGAGCACGGGCAUGGCCCUUCAAAUUUCAGUGGGCAACCUGGGAGGUGCCAUGGCCUCCAAUUUCUACCGUGCUCAGGACAUGCCCCGAUACAUCCUAGGCCAUUCCCUGGCGAUGGGCUUUGUCGUCGCGGGCAUCAUCACUGCAUCCGGUCUAGUAACGACUUAUUACCUGAUGAACAGGAAGAGGGGGCAAGCCCUGAGGAAUGGGCGCAGGGCCGACUUCACCGAGGAGCAACUCUCAUUCUUGGGCGAUAGAGCCAUCACUUGGCGAUACAUGUACUAG